GUGACCGUGCUUUGGCCGUGUUGUUAAGCGCUUGUCCGCAGCUUCCUGGGUCGCUGGAGACCGGGAGGCUGUAGGCGUGGAGAGGGGUGUUUUUGUAGCGAUCUGACCUUUCUAAAUUUUCCGGAGCCGCGGUUGUUUAAAAGCCCGAGGGCCAACCUUGAGAGGGGCCAAGCUGGUAGCUCUCCUCUCUUCUCCGAGUUUGCGACUGCCGGGUCCAAGAUGAACAAAGUCUGUGCGAUUUUUGGGGGCUCGCGGGGCAUUGGCAGGGCGGUGGCCCAGUUGAUGGCCCCGAAGGGCUACCGACUGGCUCUCAUCGCCAGAAAUCUGGAAGCGGCCAAGGCCGCCGCCGCCGAGCUCGGCGGAGAUCAUUUGGCACUCAGCUGUGAUGUUGCUAAAGAACAUGAUGUUCAACAUACAUUUGAAGAGAUGGAGAAACACUUAGGUCAAGUGAAUUUCCUGGUAAAUGCAGCUGGUAUUAACAGGGAUGGUCUUUUAGUGAGAACAAAAACUGAAGAUCUGGUCUCUCAGCUUCAUACCAACCUCUUGGGGUCCAUGCUGACAUGCAGAGCUGCCAUGAGGACUAUGAUUCAGCAGCAGGGAGGGUCCAUUGUCAACGUGGGAAGUAUUAUUGGCUUAAAAGGCAAUUCUGGCCAGUCUGUUUACAGCGCCAGUAAAGGAGGAUUAGUUGGAUUUUCACGUGCUCUUGCCAAAGAAGUAGCAAGAAAGAAAAUUAGAGUGAAUGUAGUUGCACCAGGAUUUGUUCGCACAGAUAUGACGAAAGACUUGAAAGAAGAGCAUUUAAAGAAAAAUAUUCCUCUUGGGAGGUUUGGAGAAACUAUUGAGGUGGCACAUGCGAUUGUAUUUCUUUUAGAGUCACCAUAUAUUACAGGGCAUGUUUUAGUAGUGGAUGGGGGCUUACAACUUGCAAUAUAAUUUAUAGGUUAUUCAGCUAUCAUGGUAGUUAUCUGUCUAUAUCUGGCCAUUGAUGAGAUAAUCAAGCCUACAAGAGUGACAUUUGCUGAUCAAACCUAUUGAUGCUACAUAUGUUGAUUUCUUUUCAUAAAAAAUCUAAAAAGGAAAAUGUUUUCUAAAGGGUGUGUAUCAUCUACUUUUGGUUAUUUGGUUAUUUUAUAGGUUAUAACAAGACUUUUGAAAGUGAUAUGUGGUAUUUAUAUAUUUUGCCUGAAAAGAAAAAUUAUAUUGCCUAAUUAUGAGGAAUUAUUUCAUUAUAUUAGGCUGAGUUUUCUGUAAGUUAACCUUUUUUUGGGCUGUUGCCAAAAUAGAAGAGUAUUUGCAGGACAUUGAUUAGCUGUCCGUAUCUUUGCAACCCUAGUAAAGCUGAAUGUUGUAUUCCUUUUGCAUAUGCUUAGGCAGUCAAUUUUUAUACAGGUUGAAGCAGUUAGGACCAGUUAGGGUAAGACAUGAAUUGAAAAUUGAUUUCUUAGAGUGAUACUAUUCUUGAUUAAGCAACUGGGCAAAAUAAUUUGAAUAAUUAAGUGUGGUAUCAGUUAACCUCUUUAACAGAAAUUCUCAAAGGUGAUGAGGAUUAAUCCUUACCUUAAAGUUUUAACAUUUGAUACAAUAAUGAGCUGCAUAUACCUCCUGAAAUUUGAAAAUCGCUUUUUACCCAUAAAAAACUAAGUAUAACAUUAAAGUGUUUACAAUGGAAAAUGCUUAUUGAAAAUGAAUGCAAAAGUGCUUAUAGUAUAAUCUAGAUAUACAUGUAAAAAAGCAGGGAAAGCCCUAGAGAAAAUAUGCCAAAUACCAUAGUUUUCUAAUGUGCUGGAAUCAUAUGUAUGUAUUUUUUUCUUUUGACUUUCUGAAUCUUUUACAACUAUUCAUUUUUUUUUUUUUACUGAUGUCAUUGUAUAAAAAACAAUAACUUUGAGAUGAGAAACAAAGUACAAUGAGACUAAAAAAAAAAAAAACCUUCAGUGUAGUCAGCUACUUAAUGUAAGAAAUAAUAACAUUUUCGGGGCUGGUGUUGUAGUGUAGGUGGUUAAGCUGCUGCUUGCUGUGCUGGCAUCCCAUGUGAGUGCCAGUUCAAGUCCGGGCUGCUCUGCUUUUCAUCUACCUCCCUACCAAAGAGCUUGAGAAAAUAGCAGAAGAUGGUCUAAGUGAUUGGGCUCUGUCUGGUUGAAGACUUGUACGGAGUUCCCGGCUCCUGGUUUGGGCCUGGUACAGCCCAGGCUGUUGUGUCCAUCUGGGGAGUGACUCAGCAGGUGGAAGAGCUCUCUCUUGCCAUCCCUUCCUCACUGUCUGUAAUUCUGCCUUUCAAAUAUAUAAAUAAAUAAAUGUUUAAAAAUACCAUUUUAAAAGUUAACGAUAUUUUGUAUUAAGUAUAUUAAUGAUUUUUAACCUAAAAAUUUAGAAAGUUAUAAAAAAGUAUAAUAAACAAUAACCUAAAAUAAAUAUGAAAUAACAGUGAAUUAAAUGUCUUUACAAGAAAUAGUUACAGAAUUAGUCUUUAAAGAGAGUAUUUGCCUAGGAAUAGAGGUAAAGACUAACUGAAUAUAAACUAUCAGCAUUUAUUUUGCUUUGAAAUCCUGUGGGAAAUAGUGUGAUAUUUUCACUGUUACUGGAUUUGUAUUGAUUUUUAUUUACUUGAGAAGUAUUUUAAAUCAUUCAUUUUAAAAAUUAAUCUUUUUAUGUGUUGUUUGGAGAUGAACAUUAUUUUAUCUAAGCCAACAAUUUUAUGUUGAAAGUGCAAAAAUAUGAAUAUACCAAUAAAUUUAAAGUAAUAAUAUCAGAGCUAGGUUCUAAAUCAAGAUUCCUGACAUGUCAUUUUAAAUUUAUUUUUGAAAUAAUAUAGAUUAAUCUGUCCAGGAUGUAAGAAGGUUAUGGGUGAAUAAAAUUACUAAUAUUAGGCAAAUUGUCUGCUAAAUGCAAGGCAUGUUAAUGAAUUUAUCAGGUAGUGUGAGUUCCAGGCAUAUAGAGGAGACGCGCCACUCAAAAUCAUUUCAAAUGUGGAGCUUCUAAGAUAGGAGAUUUAUUUAUGCAGCUCUAGAAUAGGAGGUUUGUCCAGAGCUGUCUCAUCUACUGACCUUUGGCUGGCUGUGGUUUUCAUUAUGGUGUUCUACCCAGGCUUGAGUUCCCUUCUCUUGAUACUUCUUGUUCUCCAGUCAUCACUGAGGAGUUGAUUCGAUUGUUGAUUAGUAAGAAAGCAUAUUGCACUGAACAUAGGAACACUAAAAUGUGGAUUAAAGAUGUGUGUAGGGGCAGCGUUGUGGUGUAGCAGGUAAAACUGCUGCCUAUGAUGUUGGCAUCCCAUAUGGGCGCUGGCUGCUCCACUUCCUGUCCAGCUCCCUGUUAAUAGCUUGAGAAAAGCAGCAGAAGAUGGCCCAAGGCCUUGGGCCCCUGCCACCCAUUUGGGAGACCCAGAUGAAGCUCAUGGCUUCGGCCUGGCCCAGACUCAGCUAUUGUAGGCAUCUGGGGAAUGAACCACUGAAUGGAAGAUCUCUCUCUCUGUCUCUCCUUCUCUCUGUAACUCUGACUUUCAGAUAAAAAUAAUUUUUAAAAUAAAGAUAGACUAGCCUUUAAGUGUAUGCAUUUGUACUUUAAAAUAAGAAAUAUAGCCUUUUAAAAGUAUUCUACCUUUCCCUCAGCCUAUAUCAGACUAGUAGAAUACAUGCAGAGAUCUUGAAAUGGGUCAAGUCCACCUUCACUGCUCCACUCCAGGUGAGUUCUUACACACUCCCAUGCACCUGGUAGAUUUUUUAAAAAUUAUUUAAAAUUUUCAUUUUUUAGAAAGAUUUUAUUUAUUUGAAAGGCAGAAUACAGAAUACAGAGAGAGAGAGAGAGAGAGAGAGAGAUCUUCCAUCUGCUGGUUUACUCUCCAAAUGGAGUAAAUGCUGGGGCUGGACCAGGCUGGAGCCAGGAGCCAGGAGCUUCUUUCGGGUCUCCCAUGUUGGGGCAGGGGUGUAAGCACUUGGGCCAUCUUCCGCUGCUUUCCCAGGCUCAGUAGCAGGGAGCUGGAUUGGAAGUGGGGCAGCAGGGACUCAAAACAAUGCCAAUAUAGGAUGCUGGCAUUGCAUGUGGUGGCUUAACCCUCUAUGCCACAGCACCAGUUCCCCAAGAUUUUUGUUUUUAUUUGAAAGGGCAGGGAGAGGCAGAGAGAAAAAGAGAGGUAGAAGAGAAAGGAGACAGGAGACAAGAAGGCAGAGACUUCCAUAUGCUGAUUAUUACCCAAAUGCCCCAACAGCUGGGGCUGGGCCAAGCUCAAGCCAGGAGCCCAGAAAUCAAGUGGAUCUCCUGUGUGUGUGGCAGGGAUCUGCUGUCAUUAACAGGAAGCUGGAAUUGGAAGCAGAGCUUGGACUUGAAUCUUGGUACUCAGACAUGGGUGAUAGGUGUCCUAAGCAGUGUCUUGACCACUGUGUGGAUAGUACCCUCCCCUGACCUGGUAGUAUUUGCAUUCUGUUUCUGAAAUUAGCUGCUGCCUUACAGAGGCUCAAGAACUUCAGACUUCUUAAGACAUCUCUCUUAUCUGACUCCUAGAGCACAUAAUCCAGCCUGUGUUUAGCAUGAAAAAAAAUGGUUAAAGCCAAUGUAUUAAAAUGUUUGCAUUGAAGGUUUUACAAUUUGUGUUCCUUUUAUACUUCUAUUCAUAUUCAGAUGAGAGUGUUUGUAACUUUUUUAGAGUUAGAAUUAUUGUAAAUUUCUUUGGAGGGGAAGAAGUAAUUUGUGCCGAGAAAUCAUUUAAUUUACAUGCUUUUGUUAACCAGAAGAAAGGCAGAAGACUAUUCUGGAUAUUCAAGAGUUGUACCUUCCAGUGCUGAAACCUUUUCUCAAGCUUUAUUGUCCUAAU